AUGGAGCCUUCACUCCCUACACAGUGGGCGUGGAAUUCCUCCAGGCCGGGAAGACUGCUCCAUAUGUCCCAGAGCACCAUGCAUCCCAAUUCCACCCUAGACACCAAGACCAGGGACGUGGCCUCAGAAUCCAUUGGGCUCUUCUUCAUGCUCUUGAUUGACCUGACGGCCAUUGUAGGCAAUGUGGCCGUGAUGACCGUCAUCAUCAAGACACCAGCACUGAGGAAGUUUGUCUUUGUUUUCCACCUCUGUCUGGUGGACCUCUUGGCAGCCCUGACCCUCAUGCCUCUGGCCAUGCUGUCCAGCUCUGCCUUCUUCAACAGCACCAUCUUCGGCGAGGCCAUGUGCCGUGUCUACCUCUUCCUGAGCGUCUGCUUCAUCAGCAUGUGCAUCCUCUCCAUCUCGGCCAUCAACGUGGAGCGCUACUACUAUGUGGUGCACCCCAUGCGCUAUGAGGUCAAGAUGACCGUUGGCCUGGUGGUCUGCGUCCUGGUGGGGGUGUGGAUCAAGGCAGUGGUCAUGUCCGUCAUCCCUGUCCUGGGCUGGCUCUCCCUGGAUCGUUUCAGCACCUCCCCAGCCUACAGCGGCCGGAGCUGCUCACUGCAGUGGAGCCAGAGCUCCUACUGCAAGUUCUUUGUGGUUUUCUUUGCCAUCUUCUACUUCCUCCUGCCUGUCCUGAUCAUCCUAGUGGUCUAUUGUAGCAUGUUCAAGGUGGCCAGGGUGGCUGCCAUGCACCAUGGCCCACUCCCGACCUGGAUGGAUACACCGCGGCAGCGAUCAGAAUCCCUCAGUAGCAGGUCCACCAUGGUGACCAGCUCGGGUGCCCCUCGGACUACCCCUCAGAGGACGUUUGGGGGUGGGAAGGCUGCUAUCAUUCUCCUAGCAGUUGGAGGGCAGUUCCUCUUCUGCUGGAUGCCCUAUUUCUCCUUCCAUCUCUAUUCGGCACUGAGCUCUCAGUCCUUCCCUGGCCGGCAGGUGGAGAGUGUAGUCACCUGGAUUGGCUACUUUUGCUUCACUUCCAACCCUUUCUUUUACGGGUGCCUCAACCGACAGAUCCGUGGGGAGCUCAGCAGGCACCUCACCUGCUUCUUCAAGCAGCCGCCAGAGGAGGACCUCCGGCUGCCCAGCCGCGAAGGCUCCAUUGAGGAGAACUUCUUGCAGUUCCUGCAGGGGACAGGCUGCAACACAGAGAGCAGGAACGUUCUUGCCCACCCCUCUCCCAAAAGGGAGCCGCCCGGCGUCGAUUUCCGAAUCCCCGGGCAGAUUGCAGAGGAGACCUCGGAGUUCCUCGACCAGCACAUCACGGUCUCCGACAGCUACAUUCAGGCCGUGCCCAAGCCCGAGCUGUAG